AUGGUAGCUGAUGCAGAACCUCCAGUUGACGACCAGGAAUAUUUUUCCGCUUGGGCAUUAUUGAUUCAGACGUCGUUGUUAGCUGGCGCCCUUUGGACGAGUUAUUACCUUCAAAUCAAAAAAAUUCGUGCAGUACAUGAAACGGUAGUCUCAAUUUUUGCGGGAAUGUUUGUUGGUUUGAUCAUUCGAGUGUCACCUGGUCUAAUAAUCCAGAAAAUGGUCACUUUCAAUCAUACCUAUUUCUUUAAUCUUCUUUUACCUCCGAUUAUUUUGAAUUCGGGUUAUGAAUUGAAGCGGGAAAAUUUUUUCCGAAAUUUUGGGACAAUUCUGACUUUUGCGUUAAUUGGCACUUUUAUAUCGGCAUUAGUUACCGGGUUUCUAGUUGCCUUCUUGGGUCUUAUCGGUAUCGUAACUCUCUCGUUUUUAGAUUCUAUGAUAUUUGGGGCUAUUUUAUCCGCUACGGAUCCUGUGACCGUGCUUGCAAUUUUUCAGACUUUUAAAGUCGAUCCAAAAUUAUAUUCUGUUAUUUUUGGAGAGAGUAUUUUGAAUGAUGCGGUCGCUAUUGUAUUAUACGAAACAUUAAAGCAAUUUCGCGGACAAGAACUACAUGUUUCGAAUGUAAUUCGUGGUAUUGGAACUUUCUUGGCUAGAUACAGAAAGCGUGCAGAGCAUCUUCCGCAUGCACAUCAAGUCAUGUUGUUCUGGGCUGGUCUUCGUGGAGCUGUCGCAUUUGCAUUGGCAGCAGGCUUAGUCGGUGAACAUGCAUUUUCAAUGCGCACCACGAUUUUGGUCGUGGUCGUGCUGAGUGUGAUUGUUUUUGGUGGAACUACAAGUAGAAUGCUCGAGAUCAUGCGAAUUCGAACAGGAGUUGAAGAUGAAGAUAGUGGUGACAGCGAUUACGAAGAGUCUCUUGGAGGAAACAAAUACGAUGCUUUCGAAGACGUAGAUCAUCGACAUCUACGAAGUCGAGCGGUUAAUGGCAAUACUACAUUCUACUUUAAUCACUCACCAGAAGAUUCUUUGGGUUCUGCCGAUAGUAUAAUGUCAGUGGAAAAUAAUGGUCUCUUGACGCAGUCAUCUUCGGCUGCAGCCAGAGCCAAAGCUGAUCAAGCGCAUUGGUUUAUAUCAUUUGAUAAUCGAUUUUUGAAACCUUUGUUUUCGCGGCAUAAAACUGAUAAUUCAUCGCCUGCAAAGGAACAAUGGCGACACGAAAAUCUUAUCCAAAGAAGUGUAGUUAGGGGAGGUCAUCGGAUAUGGGUGAUGGGAGAGAAAUUUCAAGUAUUGCUGGAACGAGGUUUGAAUUGCCACCAAUUGAUAGUGGCUCCAGUUUCCUGA